UUGACGUGGAAGCGCUCAUUCCCAUUCUGGCCGCGGCGGCUCUGAGCCCGGCUCCAGCAUGAGAGAGGGAAGACGGCGACCGCGGCCAGGCACUUUCUUAGCAACUGCCCGCUCCUUCCUUUCCCGUGCCUGAUCGCGUAGCAACCAGAGCCGAAGGGACUUUCCUCACCUUCUCCGGCCGACAAUUCCCAAUUUCUCCAGCUGUCUCACACCUGGAGUCCAUUUCCUCCUCCUGGAACAUCCCUUUCGCUCUCCCGGUGUCAUGGAAAAGAGGUGCCGGGCAGGGCAGGGCGUUCUCGCGGCUCUGCUCUGCGCCUGGACUGUGGUCCUCCUGGCCAAGGCAGAGCGGCAGUUUGUCAACGAAUGGGCAGCCGAGAUCCCGGGCGGUCCAGAAGCGGCAAAGGCCAUAGCGGACGAACUGGACUAUGAGCUUCUGGGACAGAUUGGAUCACUUGAAAAUCAUUAUCUAUUUAGACAUAAGAGUCACCCUAGAAGAUCUCGACGAAGUGCUUCUCAUAUCACUAGACAACUUGCAGAUGAUCAUCGUGUGACUUGGGCAGAACAACAGUAUGAAAAAAAACGAACUAGGCGUUCAGUAUUAGGAGACUCAGCAGAAAAUCUAUUCAAUGACCCAAUGUGGAACCAACAGUGGUAUCUGCAAGAUACAAGAAUGAACCCAUCUUUGCGCAAAUUGGAUCUCCAUGUUCUCCCGGUAUGGCAAAAGGGCAUUACAGGCAAAGGGGUUGUCAUAACAGUGCUUGAUGACGGCUUGGAGUGGAAUCACACAGACAUUUACUUUAACUAUGAUCCUGAUGCAAGUUAUGAUUUCAAUGACAAUGAUCAUGAUCCAUUUCCCAGAUAUGAUCCUACAAAUGAAAACAAACAUGGAACACGAUGUGCAGGAGAGAUUGCCAUGCAAGCAAACAACCUAAAAUGUGGAGUUGGAGUGGCAUACAAUUCCAAAGUUGGAGGGAUCAGAAUGCUGGAUGGCAUAGUCACAGACGCCAUCGAAGCUAGUUCAAUUGGGUUCAGUCCUGAUCAUGUGGAUAUUUACAGUGCUAGCUGGGGUCCAAAUGAUGACGGGAAAACAGUUGAGGGACCUGGCAGACUAGCACAAAAGGCUUUUGAAUAUGGAAUUAAAAAGGGAAGAAAGGGGAAAGGCUCCCUUUUCGUCUGGGCUUCAGGGAAUGGUGGCCGCCAAGGAGAUAACUGUGACUGUGAUGGUUACACAGAUAGCAUCUAUACAAUCUCGAUCAGCAGUGCUUCUCAGCAAGGCCAUUCUCCUUGGUAUGCAGAGAAGUGUUCCUCAACACUGGCCACAGCAUACAGCAGUGGGGACUAUUCUGACCAGAAAAUUAUAAGUGCUGAUCUUCAUAAUGAAUGCACGGCCACUCACACAGGGACUUCUGCUUCUGCUCCCUUAGCUGCGGGGAUUUUUGCUCUAGCCCUAGAAGCCAAUCCUAAUCUAACCUGGAGGGAUAUGCAACAUUUGGUAGUCUGGACAUCUGAAUUCGAUCCACUGGCCAACAAUCCAGGAUGGAAGAAGAAUGGAGCUGGGCUGAUGGUGAACAGCAGAUUUGGAUUUGGAUUACUCAAUGCUAAAGCACUGGUAGAUUUGGCCGAUCCUAAAAGCUGGAAAGGAGUGCCAGACAAGAAAGAAUGCAUAGUUAAGGACAAUGGCUUUGAGCCAAGAUUAUUAAGAGCUAGUGGUGAAGUUACCAUUGAAAUUCCUACAACGGCUUGUGAAGGCCAAGAAAAUGCCAUUAAAUCCUUGGAACAUGUACAGUUUGAAGCAACAAUUGAAUAUUCCCGCAGGGGUGAUCUUCAUGUGACCCUGACUUCCCCAUCAGGGACCAACACAGUCUUACUGGCUGAACGGCAAAGGGAUAAAUCACCCUAUGGUUUUAAGGACUGGGAUUUUAUGUCAGUUCACACUUGGGGUGAGGAUCCAGCAGGAACAUGGACUUUAAAAAUAAUUGAUAUGUCUAGAAGAAUGCAAAAUGAAGGCAGAAUUGUGAACUGGAAAUUGAUUUUGCAUGGCACUUCUACCCAACCUGAACAUAUGAAGGAACCUCGCAUCUAUACAUCAUACAACACUGUCCAAAAUGACAGGAGAGGUGUGGAAAAGAUGACAGAGUUUGUGGAGGACCACACCACCCAAGAGAACCUGAGUGACAGACCCAAAGUGAAAGGAAGCACUAGCAGCAAACAGCAAAACCAAGAUGAGGUUCCCUCUGAUGCAAUGCUCCGUCUACUCCAAAAUGCAUUCCAUAGUCAGUUGGUUGGGAAUCAUUUACCAAAGAAGAUGCUAAAUGAAAACACAGAUAUUCCAUAUGAACGUUUCUAUCAAGCUCUUGAGAAACUAAACCAAGGCCCCCAGCUGAGAGACUCAGAGGAGUCUCUAUAUAGUGACUAUGUUGACCUUUUUUACAAUUCAAAAUCAUAUAAACACAGGGAUGACAGACUACUACAAGCUUUGAUUGACAUUCUAAAUGAGGAAAAUUAAAAGUCCUUGGCAGAAACACUGGGUUGGAAAUAUUCAGAUACCCCAUCUCCAUUGCACUCCUAAUUUCAUACUAAUUGCCAUGUAUUGUAACAUUUCUGUGAACAUUUAUUCCAUAUCUAUCAGCUGCCUAAAGAAUAAGCAAAAUGAAAAGGUUGCUAGAUGUGAAAUAACAACCUAUUUAUUCAAAGCAUUCAAUAAUCCUUUCAUACAGGCAGCCUCCUUCAGGAAUGAGUAAAACUAAUAUCUCAAGGAAAUAGCACAAAUUCACUGCAACAGUUGUGUUUAUUAUCCCUUCUGUACAAACUAUAAAUAUAUUAGAUUUUAUUUCUGCUGGCCUAUCUCAAAAUGUAAGGUUGUUUGGAGAUACCAGGAAACUUGUUUGUCUUUCUAAGCAACAGAAAAUAUGGUCCCUGAGCACAAAAGGCAUAGCACAUAGCCCGUCUCCUUGGCCCCUCUCAUCCCAGUUUUGAAACUAGAAAGCCACAUCCAUGCUACAGGUAUAACAUAAAUUUGAAGAUAGCUCAGAUGAGAUCAAAAAGGGCCCUAAAUGUACAAUCAAUAGUGUUUCAGGCAAAGAAAACCUGGAAAAUAUAUUUGUUCCACUGAU